UAUAGGGCGGGCGUGCGCUCUGUUAACUCAACUACACGAUCACAGUGGGGUCGAUGGGUUGAUGGUUGACGGUCAUGAAUUUUUAGUGUACUGUAGUCAGCUAGUCAAGCGGAAAAUUCAAAAGAGACGCAAGAGAGUGGGAGAAUACUGCGAGUCGUUAGAAAGUUUACCGUACAUACACGCACAUAUGUAUAUAUGCAGCUAAUAAAAAAAGUUUCCAACUCUACCUCAACAACACUCAAUUAAUAGAUCACUGGGAGUGUACUAGUGCGCUCAGAUGUUAGCAACGAGUCAUAGUAGGGGGUGGUUUUCUAUGAGUCAAGCAAAUUGUUCAUAUGCAUACAUAUGUAUAUACACACUUAUGUGUAUAGAAAUUGUAGAGAGCGCGAUAGACUGCUGAGCGUUCGCUGAUCAUAUGGAGCAGCAGGAGUAAUUAAGCGUAUGACGGUCAAACUUACAGCUAUACAAACUCGUAUACAACAAACACUGUACAUACAUACAUAUGUAUAUACAAAUUAUAUACCAACCGACUUGCCACUAGCAGCACACUAAGCAGCAACAGAGGUAAUAGCUGAGCAGCAGUUAGAAGAAGCAACAGCAGAAAUUAAAUCAUCGCAGAAGUGAGGCGAAAGAUGCCGCAUAAUUAAAUUGUAGAGUCAUAUACUCACAUUAUUUAUUCAAAAGUGUGUUGCAGCACCGAUUUUCAAGGAACAAUAUUCAAUUCAAUAAAUGUAAUUAAUGUAAUAAAUCAUAAAAGAAAACUCUAUUUUUAUUUAAUGCAAGUUAAAUAAAAUUUCAGAGUGCAAAUUUAACUGACUAACUUGGUGUAUUUGCAAAAAAAGAAAAAUACAAAACGUCAAAUACAAGGCAAUGGAAAUAUGAAAAUACGGUAAAGGAAUAAGUGAGUGGAGCGCAACGGAUUUUGUGAGAAUUGCAGAUAUUAUCGAAAACUUGCACAUAACCGGAAACAUAGAUACAUAUGUAUGUAUGUAUAUAGCGAAAUGUUUCAUGCGUUCAAAGUUGUAGAGAAACAAAUCUACGGUUACCAAAUCACGCAAACUUUUUUGUAAACGGGUGUGAUUUUUACGUCAGUAUCAGUAUCGUUAAUACCAUUGCAUAUAAUAUACAUAUGUACAUACGUACAUUGAUAUGUAUGAACAAGCACAAGGGUAAAAUGGUGUGAUCAUACUACAAUAAUUCUACCAAACUAAUUUGCAAACAAUCAAUUUUAAUGAUACGGAACAUUGUGAUAUUUCGAGCUUAAUGCCACUUUUGUACUUGCAUGAUUCUGUAAAAAAUAUUUGCUGGAAAGUAAUUAAGCCUAUAUUGAGUGAGGCGAAUAAAGCAAGCCGAUGAAAUAGUGAGAUAAAGAGAAAGUGUACGCACUAAACAUACAUAUAUACAUACGUUAAUAUUGUAAUGAAAAUCAAAAAAUACAUAUAAAAACAGCGAAAAAUAUAUGCAUGUAUGUAUGUGCAUAUGUGUAAACAAUGCUUGUGGACAGAAAACAAAGCAUACUAAGUAGAUUAAUUAAGAAAACAUAAUAAAGCAGCAGCCAAUAUUUAUGGAGUAAAUAUAUGCAAUAGAAAACAAGCUAAGCAGCCCAUAAACAAGAUACACAUUUAUUUGCGGCGAUUAUCAUUUCGUUAUCAACUUGAUGGCAUACGAAAUUAAGAGCAACAAAGAAAGCCCUAGUGACUGUUAAGAACAGACCGUUACAAAGAAAUCACAAGCAAUAUCAUAUCCUCAAUCAAUAUUAACGGUUUAGUAUUUCAAUAAAAUAAUUUACCGUAUUACAAACUUGCUUACAUACAUAUAUGAACUUACAUUUACUGAUUUGCCUGUAUUUUUUGAGCGCAAAUUCGGAAAACGAUUACUUACAGCGAGCAAACUCAUUAUGAUUCAGAGAACAUUGUGCGAUCAACAAAAAAAUUCAAAUACAUGGCAAAUAGUGAGUUACAGUAAGAGACCACAAUUAAAAAAUCAUCUCAAAGCAAAAGGUGGAGGUGAUAGUAAUACGGAGAAAACAAAUGCGCAAGUUAAAAAUAAAAAUCUAAAUAGUAAAUCUGUAGCAAAAGCUACAGCAGUGCUAUUGAACAAUCAGUUCUCAAGGACGAAGACAACAUCAAAUCAAAAAUUGAAUUUGGCACAGUGUGUUAACGCUGUCGAUAAACAAAAAACACCAGCAGCAGUACCCACUGUUGACAAAAAAAUAAAAACAAAAACUAAAAUUACACCAGCAACAGUUGGCAACGUACCAAAUCAACAACAACAACACAAACAACAACCUUCACAACUGUAUCACCGGCAGGAAUCGCCCUUAUUGCAUGUACGUCGCCGACGUGCAAAUCAAGAAAUCCGACAAAUAAAGCGUGCUCACCGCCACCUAUUGACGAGUGGCGGUUGCGAUUGGCAGCACCGCCAAGCGAACAAUAGCCCAACGGUAGGUGUGGCAACCUUGCACAAGCAAAACGUCAAGUGUCAAGCGAAGUGUUGCAAUUGCGGUAGUCAUACGAACAGCUGUCGCUGUUCAGCGACAAAGAAGAAACAACAACAGCAACAGCAAAAGUGUCAUCAAGCGCAACAACAAAACAAGCAGCAGCAACAUAAAAGAAAAUCGCAAAAUUUAGUGAAAAAUGCCCACAGUGGCGGAGGAGCAGGUAGUAGUAGCAUUGGAAAAUCAAAACAGCAGAAAGGUAAACAACCAAUUGGUGUUAAACCAGUUGGUACAAAAAAAUCUAUAGUACCGUAUGCCGAGUCAGUUAUUUCAUCGCGUUGGGAUUCAAUUGAGGAGCAAUUAAAUAAUUUGGAUAAACUACUGUAUUACUGUGAAGACGAAGAAGAUGCCUGUUGUGCCUGGAAUUGCAAUAUAAACAAAGCUUACAUUUUUAACGGUAAACGGGCCAGAUCAGAAGAAAUAUUUUACGAAGGUGACGUAGACGACGAUUACGAGAGUGACUGGAGUAUUGAGUGGAGUGAUUCCGAUAUGUCUGCUCAUGAAAAAAGUAUUGAAGAUGCAGACAUGCAAUCCACUACAAGUGGUGCUGGUUCUGCAUCGACUACAACAUCACCUGUGGCACCUACCUCACAUAGGCGACGGGGACAUCAACAUCAUCCGCGGUUUACAGGUACGCGUCGCCCAAAUAUACCAAAUGUUCAAGAAAUACUCGCUGCACUCUACCGUGGCGAUUCACAAAGUGUACUCACCAAUUUACGUGAAGCAGCCCAAGCUGUACAAGAAGAAAGAAGUGUACCCAUUGGAGGUGAAGGAGGGGUUAGUGAUGUAGAGACCGUAUCUUCCACUAUGGAAGACUCACUGUAUACAGAUGAACCGGACGAAGAGAUGGAUUUACAACUCACAAAAUCAUCUUUGUUAAACUUGCCUUUAACCGAUUCGGUAACUACAUCGAUGGGCAGCAACAGUCCAACUCCCACGGAUGACAGUAGUAUGGUAGACGAAGGCGUUGUAAGCGCACAAACACCAACCAGUACUACAACUACCGAAGGUACAACUCCUAGAUCACAAAAAAGUAAAACUAAACGUGAUAAAGGCGAGAAAUUAGAACGUUCAGAGAAAAAGAAAAAGGCUAAAAAGGAUAAAAACAAGCGCACAUCAACUUGUUUAGAUGCAGAUGGCAAUAUGACAAGUUCAUGUGAAGCGAACACAGCUGCAGAUGAAGGUAUUGCGAUUGAUGAUGACGACGUGCAAGCGGCUGAGUGGGCAAAACUGCGCUGUACUAGUGAAGCUGCAGAAAUCGUAGCAGAGCGUGAAGCGCGUCGUAACAAAGGUCGUUGUGCAGAUUAUCCUGGCCUAGCGUUUGGGCGUUCCAUAUUCAGCUCCGAUACUAUGAUGAAGUUCAACAUCAUACGCAAUGAAUUGCAUAACAUCAUGAAAACGCAACUUAAACGGGCCGAAUCAGAAGUAGCUGCAUUGAACCGUCGCAUUCAAUUGCUCGAAGAAGACUUGGAACGUUCAGAGGAACGUUUGGGAUCAGCCACAGCCAAGCUUUCGGAAGCUUCCCAAGCUGCCGAUGAGAGCGAACGGAUACGAAAAGCGCUUGAAAAUCGUACAAAUAUGGAAGAUGACAGAGUAGCCAUAUUGGAAACUCAGUUAGCGCAGGCAAAAUUAAUUGCCGAAGAGGCCGAUAAAAAAUACGAAGAGGUUGCUAGAAAGUUGGUCCUUAUGGAACAGGACUUGGAACGUUCCGAAGAAAAAGUUGAACUUAGCGAAAGCAAAAUUGUGGAACUUGAGGAAGAACUCCGCGUUGUUGGUAACAACUUGAAAUCCCUUGAAGUAUCAGAGGAGAAGGCCACGCAAAAAGAGGAAACUUUCGAGGGUCAGAUUAGACUUUUGGAUCAUCAGUUGAGAGAGGCUGAAGCCCGUGCUGAAUUCGCUGAACGUUCCGUUCAAAAAUUGCAGAAGGAAGUCGACAGGCUCGAAGAUGAUUUAAUUGUUGAAAAAGAGCGUUACUGCCUCAUCGGCGACAGUCUUGACUUGGCCUUCUUGGAUCUAAUACCCGGACUUGAGCCAUUCUGGACACCGCGUAAUCCCAAACCGCCAACACCGAAACUACCAACGCCGACACCGGAAGAAAUUGCCGCAGCUGAAGCUGCUAAAGCGGAAGCAGAAGCAGCAGCGGCUGCGGAGGCGGCAGCUGCUGAAGCAGCUGAAGCCGGCGGCGAAGGUGCCGCAGCAGAGGGUGCGGAAAGAAGAGUUUCCGGCGUGCCAGGCGCCGAAGCGGCUGCAGCUGAGCCAGAACCAGUUAAGGAACCAACACCACCACCACCACCACCACCACCAUUUGAAUACUCCAUCGAUUUGCCGCCAGAAGGUGCUGAAGUGCCGUUUGUUAAGAACUAUGAACCACCACCACCGGGUGCAGAACCAGCAGAGGGUGAAGCUGCACCACCAGCCGAAGGUGCUCCAGCUGCAACUGAAGGCGCACCUCCAGCGGAUGCGGCUGCUGCUGCGCCACCAGCUGAAGGUGAUGCAGCGCCACCGCCCGCAGAAGCUGCACCAACAGAUGCGGCAGCAGCGCCACCAGCUGAAGCUGCCCCGCCUUCCGAUGCGGCUCCAGCACCAGCGGCUGAGGGCGCACCAGCUGCUGAGGCUGCACCUGCUGCAGAGGCAGCGCCAGCCGCUGAUGCUGCGCCACCAGCAGAAGCUGCUCCCGCACCGGCUGCAGAAGCCCCACCAGCACCAGCGGAAGCUGCUCCACCAGCAGAACCUGCGCCAACCGCAUAAGUAUGGUUGUGUGGUCAAACAAAACCCGAAAAGACUAUUUUAUAUACAUAUAUGAAGAAAUUCCUGUAAAAGCACCUCGACUACAUAGAGAACCUCUUCUAUGGGCGUGUAAAUCACAUAGGCGAUAAACACAGCCACUACAUAAAGCUGCCAGUUUUAGUUGUUUGCAUGAACGCGUUUAGUUUAGAGGAUCCAUUAUAAAAAAUUAAAAACAAAAACAAAAAAAAUAAAAACCGAUCAUAUACGCUUUAGAAACCUACUUACUUAUUUAACUUAUUUAAUUUAAAACAA